AUGACUGCAGAAUGGGGUGUUAGCAGUGUUGCAGCACUUGUGGGCAUCACAACCUUCACAACUGGCUUCGCGGUAGCUCCCAUGGUCCUCGCUCCCUUCUCAGAGAUCAACGGCCGGCGACCCGUUUUUAUCGCUUCUGGGAUUCUGUUCGUCAUAUGCCAGCUAUGCAGUGGCCUCACACAGUCCUACGCCGGCAUGCUUGUCGUUCGCUUCUUCGUUGGUAUAGGUGGCUCAACCUUCUCCACUAUGGUGGGCGGCGUCGUGGCCGACAUCUACCAAGCUGAAGACCGCAACACGCCCAUGGCCCUCUUCUCUGGCGGCGCACUCUUCGGUACAGGCUUCGGGCCCUUGGUCUCCGGCUUCGUCGCGCAAAACGCUUCGUGGCGUUGGAUCUUCUACAUGCAAGCUAUUGCAGACGCGGUCCUCGUCGCCCUCAUCAUCAUCAUCUUCAAAGAAACGCGCGGCUCGGUACUGCUCUCGCGAAAAGCCAAAACCCUGAACAAAUACUACGAAGCGCGCGAAGAAGCAGGAUAUUAUGGCUUCAACAUGUCCGUCGAAAAACAUACCGUUUCGCAACGCAUACGCUGGAAAGUCAAAGCGGACGAGGAACGCGCCUCGCUCAUGCAAAUGAUCAGUCUCUCCCUCUACCGCCCCUUCUACCUGCUUUUUACCGAACCUGUUGUAUUCUGGUUCUCGAUGUGGGUGUCAUUCUCCUGGGCCGUGCUAUACUUGACCCUCGCCGCCAUUCCACUUGUCUUCCAAACCAACCACGGCUUCAGCCUACAACAAGCCAACGCAGUCUUCGCCUCCAUGUGCACCGCCUCCAUCCUCGCAACCAUCCUAUCCAUCUACCAGGAAAAAAUCGCGCGCAAGUACGGCAAACUCGCCAACUCGCCGGAGGGCCGAUUGUACUUUGCCUGCGUGGAGAGCGCGUGCAUGCCCAUCGGCCUGUUCAUGUUCGGCUGGUCGAGUUUCAGCAACGUACAUUGGAUCGUCCCCACGAUCGCCAUCGGCAUCGCGACAAUCGGCAUUUUCGCAAUCUAUUUGUCUACUUUCAAUUACCUGGCGGACACGUAUCAUCGGUACGCGAGCUCGGCACUCGCGGCGCAGAGUUUCUGUCGGAAUAUGCUGGGUGAGUUUGCAAAACCCUUUCAUAGAUCUUAG